CUCCCUAAGUCUCUCGGAGCGGAUUGCGAAAAUUGCAGUGAGAAAAUGUUCCACCCAAGUUAACGUUUUCCAACCCACGGAAUGGUGACUGUGAUCGGUUUCGACUGCGCGUGCAUUGUGUCCUUGCAGGAAGCCGACUAGUGCAGCUUUUCAAUAAUGUUGGAGCCGGGUGGACAUCGGCAGGGACGCUGUGAUAAUACUCUCUAGGUUGUGACCCGUUUCUUUUGUGUCUCAUAGAUCUGUGCCGCCUAGCUACUCACCAAUGGCACAGAAGGUGCUUUAUGAAGCUGAAGUGUUUUUGGCACUUGCUUCUGUGGCACUCGUCGAAAAACCCAGCCUAAACGAGAGCGAAUCAAACGGAGACUCUAGCCAUUCUCGGUGGGACAGUUGGUCACCUUCACAGCGCUUUCGCCUAUAUUCCAACCUAAUUCGCUAUGAGCAGUUCUUCUUCGAGCGAUACAUUUGCGACAGCAUUCUAGAUGCUGAGAGACAAUGGAAAUUGGAGGAUGAGGCUAAAAUAGUGCGAAAAAUGUUCAUAUCCUAUCUUAAAAAGCAACCGGAUAUCGCACAGCUCAUAACAAUUUACAGUGAAGAUCGGGGAUCAUUUAGGAUUCCAAUUCGGGUAGAAGAUAUAUCGCACACGCUCCGGAGCCUAGGAUGUUUCGAACGUUUUUUGCGCCGAUCUUCUGGAUUGGAAGUAUCCUUAACUGUGGCAAAAACAAAGAGUAUACAAAGGAUACGAACUGUAUUUGAAGAACAUUUUCCUAAAGAGUUUUUGGCGAGCAACGCGUGCAGGGACACCGAAGCGUACGCCGAACACAAUGGUGUGCAGGCCCAAUAUCACCCUCACGUGAUGCCAGUGUCGAGGCGGAAAUACAACCCGGUGCUUAGCAGCGCGACCCUCAAAUUCAGGAGCCAUGAGACUUUACAAGCCAUGUCAAUCGGGCUGGCUGCGCUCGCAAGAAGCGCCUACUCUUCUUCGACUAGCGAAGAGUCGCACUACCUCAAAUCUGAAGACCUUAACGAAAUCAUUGAAAGCGGAAAGUAUUUCUUUAGCGACACCGUGCUUCUGCUACGGCAGCUUUACAUUCAGGAUGCAGGUCGGGGAUCUUUAACUGAAAUGCAGUUAGAGAACAUGUUAAAAGAACUUGGCGAAAAACUAGAACUGACGCCGUUCAAUUGUCGCGCAAUUAGCUCGACCAGAAAGACGAACUACUGGAGAGGCUUGAAAAUGCGACACAGUUAUAACCUUACUGAGACAGAAGUUCAGAAUGCUAUAACAAACUUUUUCCUCUCCGCUAAAAUGGCGUUAGUUGUAGCAAAACAUGCCGUACUUGCUCUAUUUGACAGUCGCAUCCGGGGCGCCAUCGAGCUAACUGCUAGCUCAGAUCAUCUUAUUCACUAUCCUGACAUUAACAUCCUCGAGGCUAUAAAAGUUGCUUCCAAGAACUUUCAAGGAGCAGGUGUGUUUUAUAUGAUUGACGAAUGCCCGAGACAAGAAAUUAUUCCAAGACCCAUUGACCAAACGGAACUGAAGACGUGGCCAGAACUUGAACAGUGGAGAUAUCGUAAAUCGGUGCGGCGGUUCCUUGAGCACCAGGAGCGACUGAGGCGCAGGCUGAAUAUGCCUUCAAAAUCUACUUCUGCUGAACAUCGGAUCUGGCGGGUUAUGUUGGCUGAGGAGCAGUUCGACGGUAAGCAAGACGCACUGACUUUGGACGGAAACUCCGCAAAGGCAAUUCUGGGCUACGAUUUGUUGAAGAAUGUCUUCACAACGAAAAAGGAUGAUGUUGUACAACAUAUUAGUGACAUAGAGAGCGAUAAUAGUUUAUCCUCGAGUAGCAGCACAAGUAAUAGCAGCAGUUUUAUCUCUGACGAAAAAUCAAAUAACGGAAACGUAACGGAACCUUUGAACGAGUCAAAAUCACCCACGGUCACUUCGACCACUGAAAUCGGAAUCGAUGGCAUCGAUAUAGGCAAAAAUACGCGCUCAAGUACGCCUACUUACGAAGGCGUUGAAAGCAUCUUUAGCGACGAAGAAAACCGGGUCCCUAUAAGCAGACGAACUACCAGCCAAUACUCCGGUGAGGCUUCAUGCAAGAUUGCCACGUUAACGUAUGCCAUAGAGCACCCAAAGACGACAUCUACAUCCAGCGAUCUCAAGAUGGGGCAAAGCCACGCAAUAACCAGGAUCAUACGGCCGGAGUCCUUAAAGACCCCGUGCCUUGGAGAAGCUGUCGAAGAUGCAUCGAAUGAGCCCGAAGAGAAACGUGUCAGACGCGAUUUCGCUAGGGAUAAACGUGAUGACGAUUAGCUUAGUCGCAUGAAAUGAUUCUGGCAGUGCCCUAUAGUAAUUCUCGCCCUAUUUUAAAAUGGGUAAAGUGAUUUCUCCAGUUCACUGUUACUGUUUUCUACUCUAGAGAAGUAUAAGUCAGACGUACGUGUUAACAUUACUUGAAAAUAUUUUAAAUAGAAAGAGAAGAAGCCUAUUUAACGCAGGCCGUUUUUCCGUCGCCACCACAGCCACCCUAUCACAGGCAUCUUUUACUGACUGUUAAUACCACUGGUUAAAUUUCUGUUUCAGGCUAAAAGGGUAUGAGCUUGUUAAUGUCGAUAUGGUGCCGUCUGUUACUGUUCGAUCAAAUUGAUGUUGACCUGUGUCAGUCCUGAAUACGAAACAAAAAAAGACUUGCUCGCCGAUAGUUGUGAAUGUAACAAGACUGCCCUACUAGUCAACGAAAAAACAGAUUAAGCAGUGAAGCACAUGAGCAUGUUAGCGCAUUGGCGCUGCUAAACGCAUCGUGUGCGAAAUGGUGACUAUCAACUCAAGAAGAGAUGAAUAAAUUCGAUUUUUUCUAGGCGUUUAGAUUUGAACCCGUUGGAUAACUGGACCUGUUUUUGAGAGAUAUUAUUUGGCCGUUUUCGUCUGGUCUCGCUAUUCCAAAACUUUACAUUGUUUCGUGAAAUGUGCUUGUGUUAUCUAAUCUUGUUUGUGAUUAUUCUAUAGUAUGUUUUUUUUCUAAUCAAUUGAUAGGAAUCGUUUGAAUUGCACAGCGGAUUAGUUUUAACUGUUUGGCAUGGAAGAACUUGUUGCUUUAACUAAAGUCAGCCAAGUCCCAGUUGUAGAAGGAAGCUUUUUACGCUCGAGCAAUGCACCUAGUGACUUCUUAAGCUUGUGUUCGAGUUGUCAUUUUGCGUAGCAGAAAAAGUAACGUUACGUUGAACCAGAAAACUCGAGAGGUAUAGCGACUCGACGAUUUAAGCUAGGUUUCCAUUAGUGUUUCAUAACUGCACUCGAAGAAAUGAACGGCAUACGUUGUUUGUAUGUGCCGAACACUAGUUUGAUAGCUGACAAGCGGCCAUCAAAGCCAAUACCAAUUGUUCGGUGCUCGAUGUCAAAAAGGUGUGCUUAGCUUUAAACGUUUAUUCUUUACAGUUGAUUGGUUCAUAACUCGCCGAUAUAGCUCCCCCUUUUUUUUAACGCAUUGUGUGGGGUCUUCAGCCUAUAAACAACGCCGGAGUGCCAUAAUGUUAUGAAGCUCUGUGAAUGUAUUUAAUGCGCGGGCGUUUAAAAUGUUAAGCAAUCAAUAGUGUAAAAUGCUCAACAGUAGUUUAUCUAUUAAAUGUAGCCGAAUAUUUAACAACAUUUUGCUAACGAACAAAGAAUAUCUAAGAGGUUAAGGAUGCAUAAUCAUGGGGCCUUCACGUCGAUUGCAUAACCAUUUGGACGCUCUGUUUCUACGAUACGAAAGGUUAUUAAUGAGACAUAUGCUAGAAGUUUCCAUUAAACUAGUAAUCUAAUUACGAUCUAUGUACGUAUAAAAUCACUUGAAAAUAUUGUUUAUAUACGCAGACGAGGAAUGACCUAGUGAGUAAAUGAGUACGCAAAAUGUAACCGCAUCUUCAUGUGAAAUAGACUACUGGCAGAUAAUACGGAUAAUUUCUAAAAAACGACAGGUUACAUAUGUGUUUCAGUGGGGGGCGAAUUUCUAUCGCUACAGGAUGUCACAGCAACGUCAAGUCGCAGACUUCAUACCCGCAUCAGUGAACAUGAAAGCUUCUUGGCAAUAAGAUAUGCUAUUUAUUAAGUUUAAAUUUUUCCAUAACUGACUCACUGCUGAUGAAGUUAAAAUUGUAUGAUUCUUAUUGUCUGAUAACGUAAGUUGGGAUAAUAAUCCAACGAAUACUGAUGAGGUUACGGGCGCUGCGACGCGUUUUGUUGUGAAUCACGGCUAUUGUCUAGUUGCGUUCAUAGUUUUUUUUAAAAGAAAAAAUGUACCCUGUGUAACUCUGUACAUACGCGUUAAAAGUGAUAGGAAUAAAAAGAAGUGUCGAGUUAAAAAUUGG